UUAGAUCUGUUUUGUAAUAUCGGUUUAAGCUAAUUCGAAAUAAUCGUGCAGUGUAGACGUACCCUUAGACAUCUUCCCACAAACAGACUAAGUCCAACACCUUUGAGUGGUCUCUCACAGCUGCCACUGUUACAAGACAGUGAAUUUAAAAGAAUCUCUUAACUGGCAGUGCAUUAACCUCCAUGCUUGCCAGGAAGACCAUUCAGUCAAACAGCUUUACCAUGGUUAAGGGUCAUCUGCAGCAUAUUUCUCUUUCUCUUCAUAAUCUGUAGAGAAAAAAUGCAGGCACUGCCAGUUAUAGCUCAGGUAGAAGCCCAGUUUGCUCCUAAGCAGCAGACCUCGGCUUGGGAGUGACUUUUGCACUGUAGAUUGUAGACACAAACUGUUGGUUGUAGAAAUGACAUUUCCAGCCAUUCUACAGGGAGUGCUACUGAAGAGUGAUCUUGUAGUGCUCUAAUUUAAGAAUAGCAAGUUGAUGUCUCUAGCAGAGUUUUUACCUACAGCACACAAUGUGGAUUUCAGUUUGUGCUAGUCAUCGCCAAGGCUAUCUAGCCUCCAGGGAGCUGCUGCUGAAAUGAAAUGUAAUAGCCUCCGGGGUGCUUUUUAUUUCACAUCACAAAUUACAUUAAUAAAAAAGAGUGUUUGAACAUAAACAGAGUCCCUCCAUUGACUUCAGUGGGAGCUGGAUCAUGUCUGUUAGGUUGGAAUCAGGUCUUCAAACACAAAACAUGCAUCCAGGAAACAAAAUCUCUUAUUUAGGCUGCAUACUGCUGAACCUGUGUGAUCCUGUACAGUCCAGCACCAGCUGGCCCAUAGCAGCUGCUUCAGGAAGUGUCUAAAUUGGGGAUGAGUGAUUGAUCUCUGUUCACCUGGGCUGGGAUGGAGAGAGGAAAGCUUUUUUUGUAUCUGAUGAAGUGGGUUUUAGGCCACAAAAGCUUAUGCCCAAAUAAAUUUGUCAGUCUCUAAGGUGCCACAAGUACUCCUGUUCUUUUUUCUGAGACUGUAAUUCUCCUCCUGCCUUUGCUCUGGCUUGUACAUGGCCUUGGCCUGGAUAGUUGUUUUUUUUUUCUUUUUUUUUGAAAAACAAAAACAACAACCUAGGGCUUUAAUAUGUAAGGAGAAGAUACUAGCCUCCUCUCUGGAUGUCAGUAGUGCUCCAUUGUCUUAACUCUGUUGUUGUCCUAGGGCUUGAUUUUCAGAGGUCCUGAACCUCAGGAGCUCCCAUUAACUUCAGUUGAAGUUGUAGAUGCUUAGGCCUGCUAAGGCCCUAUGUCUUGCCAUGGAUUUCCUGAUUUCAAAAUCCCCCAUAAGCAGGAAGCUGGACAAAUGGCCUCAGUUACGCAAUAGGCCAAAGAGCUUGUGUGGAAGGGUCCUCCGUGGGCUGGAUGUCCUAGUGGUUAGUGCCCAUUCAGCUGGUAGGGGAUAGUAGGGGAGCCUCAGCCCACCCACUCCACUGGGCUCAUCCCAGGACCCUAGGAGGGUCAGUGGCACAGAACCCUGAGGAGGGUUGUGGACCCUUUUGUGUUACCUUCCCUGGGUUGCUUCCUAAUUCUGCUUUCUACGCUUCCAGUCCCAGAUAAGGAGAAAGAAAAUAGAAAAGGGAAACCAAACUGUUUGCUCCAACCGGGCUCAGCACACAGGCUCCUGCAAAAGAUUACAUUUGGAUUUUCUGAAAAACAGAGACUUUUUUCACCAUGAUUGCAAGAAAAGACUCUUGGGAGAACAGCAGAAUGAGAUCGUUCAAAGCGCCACAUAUCUGCACAGCAUUAUCCUUAGUAAUGCUGUUCCUAUCAGUCACUGGAACGUCAAAGCAAAAUAUCCCAAGACUUAAACUUUCCUACAAAGACUUGCUGCUUUCAAACAGCUGUAUCCCAUUCCUGGGCUCAGCGGAGGGGUUUGAUUUUCGGACCCUGCUGCUAGAUGAGGAGAGGGGCCGGCUGCUAAUCGGCGCUAAAGACCACAUCUUUCUGCUCAGCUUGGUUGAUUUAAACAAAAAUGUAAAAAAGAUUUACUGGCCUGCAGCAAAAGAGAAGAUGGAAGUAUGCAAACUAGCUGGGAAAGAUGUGCAGACAGAAUGUGCAAAUUUUAUCAGGGUUCUUCAACCCUACAACCGGACCCAUGUUUAUGUCUGUGGCACAGGAGCCUUCCACCCUAUCUGUGGAUACAUUGAGCUUGGAAUACACAAAGAGGCAGGAACGCGUCUGCACCAUGUAGCCAGCCUGGUCAGCUGGGCAGCUGCACACAACAAUGGAGAGCUGGAAACAGUAUUCAGACUAGACACUCAGAACCUGGAGCCUGGCAGGUUGAAAUGUCCUUUUGAUCCUCAUCAGCCGUUUGCUUCAGUAAUGACAGAUGACUACCUCUAUGCUGGAACAGCUUCUGAUUUCCUUGGCAAAGAUACAGCUUUAACACGUUCUCUGGGCCCUUCUCACGACCACCAUUACAUCAGAACUGACAUUUCCGAACAUUACUGGCUGAACGGAGCAAAAUUUAUUGGAACCUACUCCAUCCCGGACACAAAUAACCCAGACGACGACAAAAUUUAUUUCUUUUUCCGAGAAAUAUCGCAAGAUAGCAGCACGUCUGACAAAGCGAUCCUUUCCCGAGUUGGAAGAAUUUGUAAGAAUGAUAUGGGAGGUCAACGGAGCCUAAUAAACAAAUGGACAACUUUCCUGAAAGCAAGACUGGUGUGCUCGAUACCUGGCCCUGAGGGGGCAGACACAUACUUUGAUGAGCUACAAGAUAUAUUCUUACUUUCCACAAGAGAUGAGAGAAACCCUCUAGUAUAUGGAGUCUUCACUACUACAAGCUCUGUAUUCAAGGGCUCUGCGGUUUGUGUAUACAGCAUGGCUGAUAUGAGAGCUGUUUUCAAUGGCCCUUACGCUCACAAAGAAAGUGUGGAUCAUCGAUGGGUACAAUAUGAAGGACGUAUCCCAUACCCCCGGCCUGGUACAUGCCCGAGCAAAACUUAUGACCCGUUGAUUAAAUCUACCAGAGAUUUUCCAGAUGAUGUCAUUAGUUUUAUAAAACGCCAUCCAUUGAUGUACAAGUCAGUUUACCCGGUGACUGGAGGACCUGUAUUUACUAGAAUCAAUGUGGACUACAGGCUGACGCAGAUUGUGGUGGAUCAUGUCAUGGCAGAAGAUGGGCAGUAUGAUGUUAUAUUCCUAGGCACAGACACAGGAACGGUACUGAAAGUUGUGAGUAUUACAAAGGAGAAGUGGACUAUGGAGGAGGUAGUCCUGGAAGAACUGCAGAUUUUCAAGCAUCCAACAUUUAUCUCAACUAUGGAAAUGUCCCUGAAGCAGCAACAAUUGUACAUUGGUUCCAAAGAUGGAUUGGUUCAGCUUUCCCUGCACAGAUGUCACACGUAUGGGAAGGCUUGUGCAGACUGCUGCCUUGCCAGAGACCCAUACUGCGCUUGGGAUGGAAACUCGUGUUCCAGAUAUGCACCAACUUCUAAAAGGCGAGCCAGGAGGCAAGAUGUCAGAUAUGGAGACCCAGUCGCUCAGUGCUGGGAUGUGGAAGAAAGCAUUAGUCAUGAAACUACUGAUGAAAAGGUGAUUUUUGGCAUUGAAUUUAAUUCAACUUUUCUGGAAUGCAUUCCUAAGUCCCAGCAAGCCUCGAUUAGGUGGUAUAUUCAACGCUCUGGAGAAGAACACCAAGAGCUGAAGGCUGACGAGAGGAUCAUCAAAACGGAAUACGGGUUGCUGAUCCGCAGCCUGCAAAGAAAGGACACAGGGGCAUAUUACUGCAAAGCACAGGAGCACACGUUCAUUCACACCAUCGUGAAGUUAAAUUUGAAUGUCAUAGAGAACGGGCACAUGGAAAGCACUCAGAAAACGGAGGAUGAAGAGGAACGGGGGAGAGAUUUGCUUACUGAGUCGCGGCUGAGGUACAAGGAUUACAUCCAACUCGUCAGCAGCCCCAGCUUCAGCCUGGAUGAGUAUUGUGAACAGAUGUGGCACCGAGAGAAGCGGCGGCAGCGAAACAAAGGUGGGGCAAAAUGGAAGCACAUGCAGGAGAUGAAGAAAAAGCGAAAUCGAAGGCACCAUGAACCUGUCAGCAGCCCACAUGCCAGGCCUACAUCUACGUAGCUUUUAUAUUCUAUUUAAAGAAAGGACAUUUAACAUGCAAAAAUACUGUGUUCUGUUUUGUACAUCCUUCCUAUUAAUUAAUAUUGCUUCACACUGAGAUUAGAUAAUGCACAGUCAUUAUUGGUCUGUACAGGACUGCACUGUAAUACUGGAAUAUUAUAGCAAAUGAUAAAUUCCUUAUUUGAGUACCGCAUUCAAGGCAAUAAUUCCAAAUCUGAUUUUUUUCCCAGAAGUUGAGAUUUUGUAGCUAACAGUGAGAAGCUGAUUCAUGAUAUAUGUCAUGUUGGUGUUCCACGGCUUCCCUGACAUAAUUUUUAUAUGAGAUUUAAAGUCUAUGUUACAGUGCAUUAUUAAUUGACUGCUACAUUCCACCCCAGAGAUGGCUGCAGUUCAGGGAUAUGUGCAUGUAUUUGCAAAAGUGCUUUGGGAUCUUGUAAGGAUGAUACAGGCCAUUUUGAGGAUGAUACAGGCCAUAUGGAUACAGGCCAUUUUGUGACAGAUCUGCAAAACUAUACUAAAUUACCCAUUGGACAUAUAUUUAGGUAUAUGGGUGGCAUUUGCUAACACAGAGAAGCAAAGCAAAAAUUCAAAUUAAAUAUAAGCUUAGAAGUAACACUCAUUUUCCUCUUUAAAAAAUGUAAUCACAUUUUAAGAGGAGAUGUAGAGCUUUAUUCAUUAGGGCAUAAGCAACCUCUAGUUUGCAGUCCAUCUGCUGAAAUGAAAUAUUGACUCAAUUGAAACUGCUAGCAAGGUACUCGAGAGUAAAUUUCGUAAGAAGCACCUGGGAGGUACAUGCACAAACCCUAUUAACAAAUAAUGGGAUUUCUGCCUUCACCUCUAUUGUCUCGCUGAAGAUUUUACCCUGAAUGUCUCCACUCACCUCUACAACUCUAAUCCCCGGCUGGCUUCAUUUUCUGGAGUGUGGUUAGUUUGUUGUA